AACCGAGUAAUUAGAGCGCGCUUUCUUGGCUGUCCAAUUCAGUCUCUUCGUUGGAUCGAAAAAAAAAAAAAAACAAAGAAAAUUCAGUCUAUUCAUUUCCUUAACCCACAGAGCAAAACUGAAGGGCAGCUGGAGAGAGACAUAGAGAGAGCAGUACCAGUAAUGGGCUCCUCGUCUCCUCCUCCUCCUCUUCCUCUUCUUCGUCUUCUUCUAACUCUCGCGCUCUUGUUCGUGAAUCUCUCACGUGCCGUUCAUGCCAUGGCUCUGAAGGGUGUCGACCUUGAAAAUCCAGCAAUAGUUGUCAGUCCAUCUUUACUUAUUGGACGCUUGCCUAUCCUUAGUAAUCCAAAAGAUGCUUUAUACUGUGAACGAGUAAAAGUGAGUGGUCACUCGAGAUUAGAGCUUGGGAGUUAUGCUAGUUCCUUUCGAGUUACAUUGGUUCCAGCUGCUGUAAUCCCAGAGAGAUUGCAUGGAAAAAUUCAAGUUUGUUUUCAUCCGAAUGCGUCCCUUGGAUUAUGUCAUUGUGAAAAGGAGGAAUGGAAAGCUGUUCAAAAGGGUCUCUGGAGCUCUGUCAUGUCUCCCUAUGAGGAAAGAUAUGUUGAUGUGAAGUUCAUUGGUGAAAUUUCUGGUUCUGUCACAAUCGCUGUUCAAGAAGAUUUGCAGCAAUGGCGCCUCUUGUGUCUGGCAGUGGGGUUUCUUUUAUUACUUUUGGCACCUAUUGUCAGCUGCUGGGUUCCUUUCUAUUAUAGCACCUCGAUGGCUAUUGGUGUUUUCCUUGUUGUUAUAAUCAUACUUUUCCAGGGAAUGAAAUUAUUGCCAACUGGAAGGAAAAAUAUCUUCUAUCUUUCCAUAUAUGGAUCAGUGCUUGGAGCUGGCACUUUUGUUUUACAUCACAUUUCCAUGCUGGUAAAUUCCAUUCUCAUCAACUUUGGGCUAAGUGAAGAGAUGCACAAUCCAGUCUAUGUAUUUGUAUUGGUUGGGAUUGUUCUUGCAGGAGCUGCUUUAGGGUACUGGAUUGUGAGAAAAUUUGUGAUAGCAAAAGAUGGAAAUGUAGAUGUUGGUGUAGCCCAGUUUGUGAAAUGGGCAAUGCGCACCAUUGCAACUACUUUUAUAUUGCAGAGCACUCUUGAUACUCCUUUAGCAAUGGCUGCGUUGCUUUCUUCAUAUACGAUCUGCUUUCUUUUGAAUGCAAUGAGCCAGCAUAAUCCAGUGCAUCAAUCAUAUUCUCGGGGUGGCAAUCUUUGGCUCCAACGGGGAAGACAGGCAACAGCAGUGCACAAUCGUGCUGAAUUCCUUAGCAGGUCAGCAAAAAUAAGCCCAGGAGGGAAUAAGUUGAGCCCUCCAAAGAGCUCAUCUGCUUGGUCCAACUCUCCUAUUAAAGGUUUAAUAUCACCACAUACUGGUUCGGUGACAAGAGGUCAGCAGAAUUACUUUUCAACCUUCCACAAGACACCAAAGCGAAAGAAGUUCACAAAGAAAGAAUGGGAGGAUUUCACGAGGGAAUCGACCCAGCAAGCUGUAGCAGAAUGGGCAGCUUCACCAGAAGUUACUAAUUGGCUCAUUGAGAAUGCUGACCGAAUUCAACUCCUUCCUAGUGAUUGCAGUUCAGAAGAGACGGUGAGAAGUGAAUCGGACUCCACAAACGAAACUGUUGGCAGUAGUGGCAAACGAUUUAGCUUGUUUAAUUGGUAGCUUGUUGAUAAAUAGCAAUCAGGGAUCUAACUCUUUUAGGUUGUGGUAGUCUAGGUAUUAGCAACGAUUAGGAAUGUUAGCCUCAUUUGUAGCUCGGGACUACGACUAUCGAGCAGCAGCGAGCGCGCAGCAAUUUUUGAAAAUCAGUUGUUCUUCUUCAGUCCAGAACUAGCCAAUGUGAUUUUUUCUCCCCAAAUGUUGAAUUACAGUUAUUACACAGGGUGGUAAUGUCUGUGUUUAAUAUAAUGUACAUCUGAUAUGCAAUCUCUAAUCCAUUUUCGUCACUUCAUAUCUA